AUGAUCAUUUUGGAAGUUUGUAACCGAGCUGUAGAAGAAAUUCUAGUCACCAGAUUUGAACAAGCAAAGGAGGAAUCCAGAUAUGAUAAGAUUGAUUACACCGUUGCGGACUUCGAUAGUAUUGUUUACACCAUAAGUAACCCAAAUAAUGAUAAGAAAAAGAUACUUGUCAGUAUAUUCAUUAAAUUCUUCCAUGAAUUGAACGAACAUGGAGUUAAUGAAGUAUUGGCUCGUGAGUAUGGUGAUUUUCUCUCUUCAGCAGAGCCCAAUCAGAGUGUAACCUUAUGCAUAGAUUUGGAAAAACUACCUCCAGAUCAUAAUCAGUUAGCUCAUAAAUGUGGUCUUUUAAAAAGAAAUUGUAUGGCAGCUGUUUUUGAGAAGUUUUUCGAAUAUCAAAUUAAAUCUAACGUGGAUUCGGGUUCUAAGAGGGCGGUGAUACAUUAUAGAGACGAUGAGACAAUGUAUGUACAAGCAUUAGCUGAUCGAGUUACAGUUAUCUUUAGUACAACAUUUAAAGAUCCAGACGAUUUGUUAAUUGGAAAAGUUUUUAUGCAAGAGUUCACUGAGGUAAGAAGACGUCUUGAUCGAGCACCUCAAGUAUUGUAUUCUCAUCGCGUUCCACCAAAAGAAUUACAGGGAACUGAUGCAGUUAUCAGUGACUCAGUUGCGUACAUUACUUUUGUGCUUUUUCCGCGUCAUUUAUCCACUGAAUCUGCGCGUAAUUCUACCAUCGAUUUAAUACAAACACUAAGAAACUAUUUACACUACCAUAUUAAAUGUUCCAAAGCUUAUAUGCAAAUGCGUAUGCGUGCUAAAACAGUGGAAUUCUUGAAAGUACUCAACCGUGCCCAUAUUGAACAUCCAACAAAUACUGUGAUUAAUACCAAUAUUACGACUGCUUCUGGUGAACCCACGCCUAUUUCACCAUCAGUGAACAAAAUUGGUGGUAUACAAAGUGAUAAUAUGGGUCGAACAAUGCGUACAGGUUAA